CGCCUCAAGGUAUACUGACCAUUGAAACCAUUAAAAAGAUUCUUGAUCCACAUAUUGGUGAAUCACCAGACCCACUUCGUGAAUCAAUUUCAAAAUUUGACAAUAUCCCGGAUGGCGUUCCCAAUAUUUCAACUUAUCUGAAGUUUGUGGACCGUGAAGAAGAGGUCAAACAGUUGAUGAUGAACAUGGAAAAGUUGUAUUACCUCGUCAAAAAUCUCAAACAAUUUCCGGAGCCCAAAAAGGAAAUAAGGUUCCCCACAGCUGUAGGGACGGCUGGAAAAGGAAAAACCACAUUCGCUCGGCGAGCGUACGAGAAAUCAGAAAUUUACUCUAAGGUUGUGAAACCUGAAGUUGUAGAUGCGGUGAGAAAAUGUCACGAAGCAGGUCGGAGUUUUCGAAUUGCGUGUGAUCAAUUUUCUAGUACAGUACUUAGGAGAAACGCUGAUGCGACCUUUGGAACAAUGUUGCUAUAUGAAGCUUUGAAAUAUCGACUGCC